CAUAUAGGUGAUAAAAUUAAACUAUCUAAUAGAGCAUAAUGUCCAAUGACAAACCAUUAGUUGGACUACUUUUUUGUUGUACGGGUAUAGCUCCACCAGAAAAGGAAGGGAUCUUUCAAAAGAUCAAAGCUUUAGGAGGUAGUCAUUGUGCCGAUUUAAUGAGUGAUGUGAAUUAUCUUAUUGUUGGAGAUAAAAAUACUCCAAAGUAUAAGUUUUGUAUAGAGAAUCGAGCAGAUAUUAAAUUCUUAUUGCCAUCUGCCAUUAGUGAACUCUAUAAAAAGUGGAUAGAUGGUGAAAGACAUCUUUCAAGUAAUGAUAUAGCAUCUUAUAAAUUUCCCGUAUUUCAUGGUUUAAAUAUUUGUAUUUCAAGAAUACUGUUAUCCGAUAGUCAGAUUCAUAAUUUAUUCAAUGAGAAAAGCUUUCGAUAUAAAUAUCUUUCACAAUAUGGAUCUAUAAUAUCAAAUGGUGAAGAACUUAUUUCAUUAAUAAAUAAAUAUGGUGGUCAAGCAACUGAAUCUUUGAGACUUACUAAUACUUGUAUAAUUUCAACUGAAUUACAAGGAAGGCGAUAUCUGAAAGCUCUCGAAUGGAAUAAACCAAUUUUGCAUCCUAUAUAUAUUAUAGAUUGUAUUCUACGAGGAGCACCAAUUAUGCCUGAUUAUUAUUUAAUGAGUUCUGAUGGACUUGAUUCAACUUUCGAAGGUGCAUCUCGGGUAUGGAAAGAAGUUAUUGCUCAGUCAAAUAAAGUUCUAACUGGUUUCAAACCCCUACCUACCAUUGUUCAUGAUUCUAAUGCACCUAAACCGUUAAAAGUGAAAAAGAAUACACAGAUUUGGAAUUCUAUAAUGAAUCAUACCAAGAGUUUACAUUCCACUAGAACCAAGCGAGAUACUGCUUGGGAUCAGGAAGAUGAAACUGAAGAAGAAGAUGAUCAUCAUCAUCAUCAACAUAAUAAUGAUGAGGAUGAGGUCAAUGGAGCUAAUAAGCUUUCAGAGUAUCAAUCGAAAGAUACAUUAUUUCUUGGUUUCAACUUUUUACUUGUCGGUUUUAAUGGCAAUCAGAGUCCACAAUUAAUUAAAGUGAUUGAAAAUCAUGGAGGAGAAACCACUAAUGAUUCCUAUGAUGAAUCUAUAUCUCAUAUAAUUUUACCUUCUUCAAUUGGAAGUACUCAAUCAAUUCAAAUGUUAAAGAUACUUCCUAAAGAUAUUAAAACUAAGAUAAAUAAUGGAGAUAUCAAAAUUGUGACUGAAUGGUUUUUAGAACGGUCAAUUUUUUAUAAAUCAAUAACAAUGGAUAGAUGGGGUCAGCCAUUAAAGGGAUUGGUUAAAGCAACUAAGAAAUUCAAGGUUUGUAUGACUGGUUUUACAGGAAUUGAGCUUUUACAUAUUGAAAAGUUGAUCAACUAUCUUGGGUUUGAAUUUUGUGAUUCUUUAACAAAUGAUAAAGAAUUAUUAAUUAUUAAUAUCAAUUUAUUUAAGAAUAGUUUAUCUAAGAAUUCACCAAGUUUAUUUAAGUAUAAAUAUCAUGAUGUAAUAGACUGUCCUACAUAUCAAAUACCUACCCAAAAUACACUGUCAUCAGUUUCAAUUAUUUCUUCUAAAAAUAAGAUUAAUGCUGCUAAAAAUUGGCAAAUUCCAAUUGUAUCAAUUGCUUAUAUAUGGGAAAUUAUGGAAUUAUCUCAAAAUAAUAAAGAAAAUAUGAUAAUGCCUGAUAUUCUUGAUUUAAAAUGGUGCAUUUAUGCUCCACUGUCUAUGGCUCGACCUCAUUCAAUGUUAGAUUAUGUUAGGAAAAUGACAAGCAUGAGCUCAUCUGAUAGUCAAUCAUCGAAAAGACAUCGAAAUGAUUCUCUUGGUAAUGAUGUCAAAGGAUUUGAUGACGAUGAUGAUGAUCAUCAAGAAUCAGAAGAGAAUAAAGAGAAUAGCGAUAGCGUUAUGAGAUUACCUUCACCUAGGAAGGCUAAAAAGAAACAAAAAUACGGAAGAAUAGUUGGAAGAGAUUCAGAGGAUUCAUUAACUAAUAAGUUAUUAAAAGUUGGAGGUACCAGUACCAGUAGUACGCCCAACGAUAAUAAUAAUAAUAUGAGUAAGAGAAAAAGUUCCAGUAGUGAAGUUAAUGUACUAUUUAUAGACGGUGAUCAUCAAGAAGAUAGACCCAUGCAAAAUCAUGAUGUAACGCUAGAUGAAGAUUUAGAUCAAUCACAAGUAGGUUAUCAACAAGCCAAUAAUGAAGAGUUAUUGAAAUACUUGGAAGGAGAUCCAAAGCCACAAGACAAUAAUGAUAAUAAUAAUACACUAGCAAAUAGACGACAACGUAAUAUUAGAAAAGUAGCCAAGUAUACUCGAUAAAAUAGGUUAUACAAUAUAGAAAUAAACGACAAAUUGCAGCCAC